AUGUUGCGGUUGACUUCACUUCGAACCACAGUUGCCCUCUUGCCACUCUUGUGCAACACCAGAAUUGGUAUUUCCCGAGCUCUCUCCGUCAGCAUGGCGCCUACGUCGUCUCUCGCUAAAAGGGUCACCAUGGAAUCUUUCCAGAACGAUGAAAACAAAUCCCGAUGUCCGAUUACUCUUUUCGUGUAUGCCACAAUGAACGGAUACAAGGGCCCUGUCUGUGCCGAGGAGUUGGGCAUUGACUACAACUAUGUCAUGGUUGAUUUUGAAAAGGGCGAACAGAAAUCUCCAGAGUACCUCAAAAUCAAUCCCAAAGGUCAGAUCCCGGCAUUGUAUGAUGCUGACAAUGGCGUCUUUUUGGCUGAAUCUGCCGCCAUUUUGGAGUACCUUGCCGGAAAGUACCACCACAAACAGCCCACCAUGUUUCCCACCGCCGAAAGUGACGCCAAGCUCCACUGGGCCAUCCGCCAGUGGAUGUUGUUCAGUGCCACGGGCCUUGCUCCCGCUAUGGGGAAUGCCAUGUUCUUUAACCGCAUUGCCAAAACAAAGGGAGAGAACAACGAAUUCGCCAUUCAGCGUUACACCAACCAGAGUCGGGGAUUGCUGAAGGUGCUCGAUCAGCAGCUUCAGUCCAGCGGAGGACCCUUUUUGUUGGGAAAGCAUCUUACCAUUGCCGAUGUCAAUGCCUUUACCUACGCGUCGACACACUUUUGGGCGAUGGUGGACGUGACCGGUCUCGAUGCCCUCAAUGCUUGGAUCGAUAUGAUGAUGAAGCGCGAGGCCGUGCAGAAGGGAUUGAACAUUCCCUUUGCCCGUCCCGGAUUCUUUGGGCCGCCCUAUGCCACGGAGGAGGAGAUUGAAGGUGAAAUCCAGCGCAAUGCGGGUAUGUUUACCAAGGGUGGCGGUAGCAGCAAGGAAGAGGAGGCCAAGAAGUAA